AUGCAGAAGCACCUUUCAGAUAACAAGUUAUUCAAAACCAUGGGUUAUAUUGAUGGAGAAUGGGUGGAUGCUUCAAAUUCAGCCAAAUUCGACGUGAUUGAUCCUGGAAAUGGAGAUAUAAUUGCUCAUGUAUCAGAGUUGGGGGUUGCAGAAGUCAAGAAAGCUGCAUUGGCCGCAACUAAAGCGUUGAAUAUUUUCAAAAAGAAUACCCCAAGAAAGAGAGCGGAGCUAUUAAGAAAAUGGACCAAUUUGAUGAUUGAGAAUUCAGAUGACUUAGCAAAGUUAGUUUGUUUGGAAAAUGGAAAAACUUAUAGCGAAGCUUUAGGUGAAGUUAAAUAUGCUGCCUCAUAUUUAGAGUGGUAUGCUGAAGAAGCACCCCGUAUAUAUGGUGAUACCUUAUCUACCCAAAAUGCUAACAAUAGAACAUAUACUAUAAAGGAACCUAUUGGAGUUUGUGGUUUUAUCACACCUUGGAAUUUCCCUUUGGCAAUGAUUGCAAGGAAGGUUGGAGCUGCGAUAGCCGCAGGAUGUACUGUCGUUAUUAAACCAGCAGGAGAAACACCGUUGUCAGCAUUAGCAAUAGCAUACCUAUCCGAAAUAGUUGGUUUUCCCAAGGGAGUAAUAAAUAUUGUGACUUCAAAUGUUAACACAAAAAGUGUUGGAAAAGAACUUUGUCAAAAUAAAUUGAUACGUAAACUUUCCUUUACAGGAUCAACAGAAACAGGCAAACUAUUGAUGGAACAAUGCUCUGGAUCAUUAAAAAAGUUAUCUUUGGAAUUAGGUGGUAAUGCCCCAUUUAUUGUUUUCCCCGACGCAGAUAUUGAUUCCGCUAUUGAGGGAAUAUUAGUUUGUAAAUAUAGGGGAGCCGGUCAGACAUGUGUAUGUGCUAACAGGAUUUUUGUCCACGAAUCAAUUUAUGAGGUAUUUUCGACCAGAUUAAUUGAAGAAGUUAAGAAGUUCAAAAUUGGAUAUAGUUUAGAAGAGGGUGUAACAAUUGGACCACUUAUACACCAAAAUGCUUUAAACAAAGUUCAGAGCCAUGUUCGUGAUGCUGUGUCAAAGGGUGCUCAGUUAUUACUAGGCGGUAAAAUUCUUGAAAAGUUGGGAAACAAUUAUUACGCACCAACAGUCUUGGGAGGAGUCACAAUUGAAAUGCUUUGUUCAAUGGAAGAGACAUUUGGUCCGGUAGCAUCAUUAAUUCAAUUUAAAACUGAAGGUGAAGUUAUCCGUAUGGCUAAUGAGUGCAACGUGGGUCUUGCUAGUUAUUUUUAUACAAAAGAUCUCAGCUGUGCCUACAGAGUAGCCGAGUCUUUAGAAACAGGAAUGGUUGGUGUAAAUGUCGGGGCCAUUUCCGAUUGUGCUUUUCCAUUUGGUGGAAUAAAAGCAAGUGGUUUUGGAAGAGAAGGUUCCAAGUAUGGUAUUGACGAUUAUUUAACCAUAAAAAGUGUAACAGUUGGAAUUUAA